AUGCCGUUCCUGGGGCAGGACUGGCGCUCCCCUGGGCAGAGCUGGGUGAAGACGGCCGACGGCUGGACGCGCUUCCUCGACGAGAAGAGCGGCGGCUACGUCGGCGACAUCAGCAGCUUUUGUAAAAAGGAUGAUCACAACAAAGAGAAUCUCUUCAACAGCCUGAACUAUGAUGUUGCUGCCAAGAAGAGAAAAAAAGACCUGCUGAAUAACAAAGCCAAGAUUCAAUAUUUCCACCAGGAGAAGUGGAUCUAUGUUCACAAGGGGAGCACAAAAGAGCGCCAUGGUUACUGCACCUUGGGAGAAGCCUUCAACAGACUUGACUUCUCCAGUGCUAUCCUGGACUCCAGGCGAUUCAACUAUGUUGUGAGGCUGUUGGAGCUGAUAGCAAAGUCUCAGCUGACGUCACUGAGUGGCAUUGCCCAGAAAAACUAUAUGAACAUUUUGGAAAAAGUGGUGCAGAAAGUCCUCGAAGAUCAGCAGAACAUCAGGCUCAUACGGGAGUUGCUGCAGACCCUCUACACAUCCCUCUGCACAUUAGUUCAACGGGUCGGCAAGUCUGUCCUGGUUGGAAACAUCAACAUGUGGGUGCACAGGAUGGAGAGUAUUCUCCACUGGCAGCAGCAACUGAACAACAUUCAGAUCACCAGGCCUGCCUUUAAAGGAACCACUUUCACAGACCUGCCGUUGUGUUUACAAUUGAACAUCAUGCAGCGACUGAGUGAUGGGAGAGACCUGGUUAGCCUCGGUCAGGUGGCUCCUGACCUGCAAGUGCUCAGCGAAGACCGGCUGCUGUGGAAGAAACUCUGCCAGUAUCACUUCACGGACAGACAGAUUCGCAAAAGGCUAAUCUUAUCUGACAAGGGACAGCUAGAUUGGAAAAAGAUGUACUUCAAGCUCAUAAGGUGUUACCCACGGAAGGAGCAGUAUGGUGACACGCUGCAGCUGUGCAGGCACUGCCACAUCCUCUCCUGGAAGGGUACGGAUCACCCUUGCACAGCCAACAAUCCGGAGACUUGCUCCACUUCUCUUUCGCCGCAAGACUUUAUCAACUUGUUCAGGUUCUGAAUUUGGGUCACCGCAGCUUACGCAAUUCUUACAGGACACUUUAUGCCACUGAGCUUGGACACUCCAUUUGUAAAUAGUGUAAAUAUUCAUGUUUGUUCGAAGCUCCUGAGUCAAGGAACAAGAGGAUCUCAGAGAUGAAAGGUGAAAUUGCUCACUGACAUGCAGCACUCAAGGCAUACAGACUUCCGUAGGACUGGUGUAUAAAUACAGCAUGUUGUACAGAGUCCCUUUUUUAUGAUCAGAGUACAAGAUACAGGGCAAAAAACUUCAUCUUUUGUUUUUAGAAGUUUAAAAUGAAUUUGCCCCACAACCAUUUGAGAACUCUUCUGGUUUGUUUCUAAUAGAGAGAAAGCAAUAUGAGGCUAGGACUGUUGAACUCUUUCUCCAUCUGGUUUUAUUUAGCAUACAUAUUUAUAAAUAUGAUGUUUUAAAAAUAUUUAUGAAAACUAUCCCUGUGACAAGUUUAAUAAUACUUUUAUGUUUUGAGAAAGGACACAUUCUGAAAUACUUAGGAUAGAACUCUAGCCUACUUGCAAAAGAGAAUCGCACCAUACCACUUUCUACCUCUAAUAGAUUGAGUACCUUUCAAACAAAAAUCCAGUGUACAAUGUGAACUUUUGUAUUUUGUACAAUGAUUUAAAGGGAAAUGUUUGUGAUAGUAAGCAUCUUUUCUUGUAUUAAUGCUUACCUCUUUACAUUAGUUUCCUUGGUCUACUCAGUGCUUGAAUGCCUAGAUGAUAGGCACAAUAUAAAUACCUAAGACUUUACUCCAUCCUCUUUUAAUUUGUUGGUUUUAUGAAAGACUAAGCAAAAGGGAAAAGAGAAGCCACAAGGAUGAAGAUUAUCUAAAAGGGAGGAAGUUCUAUUAUAGAGAAACAAAGGACUGGAUUUAAUCUUGCAAUGUAAAUUUGUAUCAACGCCACUAGGUUAAUUGCACUGGUUGAAAUAACUAGUGAGGUUAGAAUCUGGUUCUUCAAGCCCUUGUUUUCCUAAUUUUCCAACAUAUACACUGCUCUGUAUUCCCACUGCUGUCAAGUGAAUUCAGUCAUCUUGGAGCUGGUAAAAUGUAGGGAGAACCGGGCUGUUGACCAUAGUGAAAUGAUGCGGUUUUGACUGGAAGACCGGCAGCAGCAUGUUUAAUUUCAGACUACUGGAGUUUAGGGUGAUGAGCGACACAGCAUGAAGAGAUCAGUCAGCAUUUUCCUAAAAACAGCAGUCAGGACUGGCAUAAGCAAGGGAUUUCCAACAUGGUGCUUGACACCUUUGGUUAUUUUGCUGUGCCAAGGAAAUGGCAAAGACCCAGCCUAGUCCCUUCAGCUUCCAGUAAUGACCUUCUAACACUAGCCUAGAGCUAAAUUUUCAGUCCUAUGGAGUAUGUAGCUAAACCCCUAACUUCACUGUGGCCAUGAUCUGGCUCACAGUCUCUUCUACUGCAUACAAUGCUUCACUUUUCCCUAUGGUGGAGCUAGAAGAAUCCAGCUCAUAUAUAACAAUUUGAAAACCUGCAGUGGAAAGUUUUUGCUAUUUGCCAAUAGAUUUCCCUAUAGCACUUUCUCUGUGCAUGAUACAAGUAGGAUGCCUCGGAGGGUAAAUAUUUAGUGGGUUGUGUGUGACUAUGUACAAAGAAUUGUGAGGAAGAGGAGUACUCAGGACAAUUCAGGAAGAACUACUUGAGUUAAUUAUUCUUAAAUAUUCUGUUCCUUUUUUUACAUUUUUAUAACUGACUUUCAACACUUCUCUGCAGCUGUUUAUAUUUUUUUUAAAAUGACCGUAUUUGCAUUUUUGCAAACAAAAUCACUUUGCAUACUCUUGUAAGAGAUGUAAGAAGGGAAAAAAGCUGUCUGUAGAUGAAGCAGUGAGGAAGAAGGGAGGAAGCCUGGGAAGGAGAAAACCAGGAAAAUGCUGACAAGAACUGCCCUUCUGUCUUCCAACAGGGAGCCCAAGCUUUUGCUCUUCCAGAGAGCUCUGAGUCUGUGCCACCCUUAGCCAUGGCCCAGAGCUUGGCACUCUACAGAGAUGAGGAGAAAACAUGUGCAGGAUAGGGAGCUUUAUCUUGGUGUUGAUGCCCCAUCUAUCAGUUUGACUGCUGGUGGAAAGCAUAAGCCUGCUGGGGUUGUAUUCAUGUCAACUGAAAGUGAUUUAAAAGCUGUUACCUUGGAAAAAUGAACUUGUGCUUGUUUGGGGGGAUGUUUGUGAGUGAGGGAGGCCAGUUUUCUGUUUUCAUUCCAACAUUAACGUCAGAGGGUAGAUGAGGCCGAAAUCUAGCUUGGUGAAUGAGGAAAAUUAAGGACAGAAACCUGCAAGUGAAGUGAGUGAAGCAUUGCUGCUGUAUUUAGAGAUUGUAGUUCCUUUUUCUAGCAGCGAGAGGACCCGUGCCCCUUGGCAUCUUCUGUUUCCAGCUCUGACUUGCAGUUGGUUUGUUUCGUAGUCUUGCCUCUGCCACCCAUAGUGAGCCAACCUGUUGUGAUGGGGAGGCAAUGGUAUUUCGGUAUGAAAUGCUGGGGGGUUCUGCCUGGUCUGAGUCUGUGCUUAGCAGAUGACACUUACCCACUGUGAGAUUGUGACAGUGGGUGAAUUUUAAGCUCAGGUUUGAAUCUGGCCUACUGCAUUCCCUGCACACCAAGACAGAAAAUCCCACUGUUCAGCUGACAUUUGGGAAUGUCUCAGCUCUAGCCAUUGCCUCUAUCAGCCCUUCACUGGUCUUGAGCAAAGAGUGUAUCCUGUGUCGUCUGCCCAGAGAGCAUGGGUCAUGCUGAUAACAAACUUCAUGUGCAUCUGAGGCUCCUAUUUACAAAACUUACUUCAAUUAGUGUUUUUUGAUUUCUUAGCACUGUGUGGAUCUUAAAGGGUCAAAGUGCUUAAGAUCAUUUAAUACAUACAGAUGCUUGUGUGUUGCUCAGGCAGGGUCCUGGGAUACUGCUGUCAGUGUCCAAAGCAGCAGCAAACCAAGCAGCUACUGUACUGGAGAACAAAAUGGACUAAACAAAAAGAAACAAAAUAAGCCUCAUUCAGUUUUUGCCUCAGUCAUUACCCUCCUGCUACAGCAACUGUCAUAAGACCUUGAUCUCUUUGGGAGACUCAUUCUUUCUCAAGUGGUUGGUACAGGGAGGUAUUAUGGUGAAUUAAAUACUCCUGUAUUGUAUUUAAGAUUAAAUACUGUUGCAUUCAAAUACCUUAGACUAACCACUUCUAAACAAAGAGAUCAGUAUUUUAGCAGUGCAGAGGCAUCUUCUUGGCUGAGGAUGGCAGAGUAACAAAACUGACAGUGAUAACAGGGGCUUCCAGGCAGGAUGGUGUAAGGCUCCUCUCACGCAAAAAGGACCUCUUUAUUUUAGUACAAUUGUGGCAAAGCUGUUGUGAAGGGAAAACAGGCUUUUACUUGUAUUUUGGAAAUAAAACGUUCUUUUCAAACAGCAUUUCACCUUCCAGUUAGUUGAUGCAUUCCCAUUAGACAUGCAUCAGUUCUUACACUAGGAAAGGAGGAGGUUUUGCUCUCUUUGGGGUUUUCUCCUGCCAAAGUAUCCAGAGAAAUCUCAUUAUCUUCAGAGGAUGUGUUAAACAGUGCAACAGUGUAGAACGUGGUGCUGUGAAGAGGAAAAAUAGAUCUGUGCAAGGGAGGAGGCUGAGGAAGGGAGAGAUGCCGGAGAUGUUUGUUUCAGCUUUCUAGAAAAGGCAGGUAUUUGGAGUUUGUUUUAAUGUGAUAGCCACUUCAAGAGGCACAAUUUCAGCUGUACAUACCUUAAGCCAUUUGUACUAACUAUGGUAUGGUAAAGUUUGAUCAUAAAAAUGUGUGCACCUCCUCUUACAUUGUUUGGGUUUCCUUCUUUUAAUCGUGGGAGUUUCUAGAUCCUUUUAUUUUGUAAAGUGAUUAUGAAAACUUGUGUAUUGCUCUGAAGACCUUGCUUUCUAUGUAAACAUUUAGUUGCACCCUGCCACUUUCUGUAUAUGGGAAUAUCUUUAUUAUUUUUCUUUGUCCCCAGGUUUUGAACUAUUUGUGUUCCCAUUUCUGUUUGACUUCAAUUACUCUUGCAAAGCUAUCAUCUUCUAGAAUAUAUGCAGGUACUAAACCAGCUUUUCCUGCCCAGAAAAUUCCUUGGCCCUUAGUAGCUAAAAUCUGAUUUAGAGCAGCAACAUUUCAAGUUCUGUUAUGUAGCUAAUAAAUCAGAUGUGCUGUUUCAUGCUUAUCUCCUGCUUGGUAAAGCAAACCAGCGUUGUCCUCUGGGCUUGUCCUUACAAACCCAUUGCACAGCUUCCCCAUAGAUAAGCACCUUGCUAAAAAGACAAAGCUUUAAUUUAAAAUGCCACUCUUCAUAGCUGGCCUGUUUUGCAAAAACACAGACCCUGUGGAGCUGAUGGCUGAUCAGGUUAAUAAAGACUCCCUGUUACAAGGCUUGGGACUCUGGUGUUCUGCUUGUGUUGCUUUUCUCAACUCAUUGCUUAUAAUGAUGUUUGGUAAAGGCUCUGAAGACAUGGCCAGCCAUCCACACAGCUCUCAGCAUGUGGCUGCCGGGCUGCGUGAGUGUCUUUACCCGUGCCCAAUUUCUAUCCUACAUCUUCCUCCAGUGAUUUCAUUGGUAAGAAAUCAGCUUUGCAGGAUCUGGCCCUAGGGAGAACAAAUCCAUCUUGUCCUUGAUACAUGUGGUCUCUAGUAUAUUAAUACCUUGAACACCAGAGAGAUUCCCCCUCCAUUGACCAAGCAUUGUGGCCUCUCCUCCUGGGAGAGCAACUGCAAGUGGAACUUGCAUUUCUUCAGCCAUCAUGUGCUGCACAGAAUGCUAACAGGUCUCCUACGAAGAGAACAUUUUAAUUUGACACAGCAAAUACACUCAUCUUCAGGAACUAAUCUGCAGUAAUUAUAAAUACCUACUUAUAUAGGGAAGAAAGCAUGUGUUCUGUUUUUUUUUUUCCUUAAAGUUGUAACUAGAGAUGAUAUGAAGCAAAAGGCAUCCCUUGUAUAAUAAGACUUCUGUUUAAUAUUAUUGUGUGGUUAAAAUCCUUCCAUUAUAAAUUUGCACACUUUUUUCUUCUUCCCUUGCAUGUUCAACUCUGAUUUUUACAGCUGUUCUGUGCAGACAGUAAUGUAUUUUUGUAAAACAUUUUUGACACUGAAUUGCAAUAAAUGUUCAAAC